GGCCACGCUUUGUGUUGUUUUGUUUUCACUCGCACACACGUGCUUUCUUACCGCACUUCAUCUCUUCAUGGUGUACCUUUUGGAUGGCUGAACGGGCAAACCACUUUAGGAACGCUGCAUGGCCUGUUUCGUUUUUGGCAGCUCAUCUAGACUCCUGGUACUUCAAGAAUGACUGAACAGAUUCGCGAGGCGCUCCUUAAGCUACACGCCUCAGAAAGACCUGACGAGGCGCUGACUUUGGUUGAUGAAGUCGACCGUACCUGUCAAGACCAAGCCUUCUCUGAUAAGGACGAAGGUUACAUUACGACCCUGCUCGUCAGCGAUGAAAAGAGCCUAGUUUCCUUCCUGAAAAGAUCCAUCGUCAGCGAACAGCUGAAGGAUGCCAAGGCGAAAGGUCUUCAGCUCCUCACUGGCUGGUUCGAAAAAGUCCCAUCGCACCUCUUCAGCCAUGCCAUGGUUGUUAAGGAUGUCGGCACCCAGCUGGCAUUCAGAGACAAGACAGCCAAGGUGCGGUGUGCAGCUCUGGUCCUGCUGUCCAAGGUCUUGGAAUCUUGUCAGGGCUUGGACAUUGGUGAAAAGCUGGACAUUCCAAGCCUGAUAGAUCGGUUUUUCAUCUUGUUGUCGCAGCCAUCAAAGAUGACUCCUACAGUGAAGGUUGAAGUGCUGUGUGUCCUGGGCAUCAUCGCUGAGCACCAUCCAGCAGCGGCCAAUCCGUACAGUGACAAACUGCUGUCUCUGUACCUCGGAGAGUUGAAGCAGCUCAGGAAAACUGGAGCCGGGAAAGAAAGGACGGCCUUAGCCGGCUGCCUUCAAGGCUUGUCCGGUUACCUCCACAGCUUUGGCACUGGAUUCGAAUCAGAACCCGAUGACUACUUCCUGCUCUUCAAGUUCAUGAAGGAUGCGUUGGUGCCAAACCCUGCGACGACACGUUACGACGUCCCCCGAGCUGCCUUGAUCCUGCUGUCCAAGCAUGCUGCCCUCUUUGGACAGCUGCUGUUGGACGAGUACAAGUCUCUGUAUAAGCAGAUCGGCCACUGGAGUCGCCACAGCAACAGGGAUAUGAAGUGGCUGGGAGUGGCAGCACUGGAGUCCUUUCUGCGAGAGGUCGCCGCUGCACUUGCUGAAGGAAAGGACAGAAAGGAUCACUUGAAUAUAUUCGAAUAUUUCAUUCAGGAGUUCCAAAAGACACUGCGAUCAGAGACAAACACCCACAACCUUGCUGCAGCCUUGAAGGGAUACGGUCUUCUAGCUCUGCCGUGCAAGCAAUACCUGAAAGAGAGUGAUGUCCUCUUCAUGCUGAGUGACGUUCUGUUGCGCUCUGAGCACGUGUUUCAGAGCAUAAGCAGCCCAGCUGUGCUUGAAGACAGCUUGCCCUUGCUUACCAGCUUCCAAGAGGCAACUGCCAGCAUUCUGCGUUGUGCUACCAAGGUACCGGAAAGCCAGCUGUUGUUGGUGGAGAAGCUGGCGGUGCUGCAGAUUGAAAACUUCCCACUCGUGGCCGAAAACAUGCGAGUCCACUACGUCAAGUCUCUUCUCUUCCUGCUCCUCGCCGUCCACCCGCUGUCGCCGACUUCCCUGUCACAGAUUGUUUACCAAGGACUUGCGAGAACUUGCUCUCAUCCCAUUGUGGCCGACGUGGAGGCAAGUGAAGAGGAAGACGCCUUCACUGGCAAGUUUCGUACGAUCACCUAUCGUCGCUACAACAUGUUGUGGCACUACCUUCUGGAAGCAGUGAACGUUCAGGAGCUGAAUGCAAUGCAAGUCACGGCAGACGCACGGAGCACCUUUGUAUGCAACCUGUAUGAUGCCCUGCUCAGUGCUAUUCUUUCCAUGGUGUCAAAGCUGAACUUGUCGGUCAAGCAAUCCAACGCUGAAACUGAAACUGGAACCAACAUGUCAGACCCUACGUGCGGAGUUGACGCAGAAUGCCCAAAGGACUUCAACAUCUUCAUCAACUUGGUUGACUUCUUCAGGGACACGUUCCUCUGGAAGCGCACUGAACUAUUUACAAAGUGGGCCUUUGUCAUGAUUAAAAAGUUUGUGGAAUACUCGACUCGCUGUCCUCUGGUCAGCGGGUUCUACAAGGCCCUGGCUGUCUGCUUUCAGAUCUGCGAAAAGUCGUCAUACUUUGAGAGUGGCUCAAAUGAAGCCAAGACCUGCCUCUGCCUAGUGUCCAGCUUUGUCCAGGAAACCAUGGGUCGGCUGCAACAGUUCAAAGACGACCUUCUGGCCUCGUGUCUGGAGCUGGUGCUGCGAGCUCCAAGCCCAACUGCUCAGGAGCAGGCUAUUACACGUGUGCCUGCUCUUAAGAUGGCCCUGCAGCAGGGUCUCAGCUUCCUCCCACUGGCCAAGUCCACGCUGGAUACCCUUCAACUAUGGGAAAGACGACUCCCAGCAGACAUGGCGGACAGCUGCCUCAGGAAGGUUCUGCCUGGGCUAUGCCCUUACCUCUCUCUCGGCACACGAUCAGGUUUGUUUAUGGACCCGUCAGAGGACAUAAAGCGCCCUAGGCCUCGUGGUCCGCACAAGAUUCCUUUGAAGAUGCUGUACAAGAAGAAAAGGGAACACGAAACGCUUCAAGAAACUGAACUUGAGACUCUGCGGCGCAAGAUCCUAGACUUUCUGGGCAGCCUUGACGGCGAGAGGCGGGCAUUCCUUAUGGCCGAUUUGGAGAAGGAGACGCUGGCAGCCGCCUUGACAUGGGACCCAGAGACGCGAGAACACCUGCUCUUUGCCAUGCCUUUCCCCGACGCCAAGAUCGACAUUGCUUUUGAUGGCUUCCUGCCUCGGGUGGUCGAGCUGGCACGCUUUGCUGGCAACCGCCAGACAAAGGUUGCAGCCUGCGAGCUCCUUCAUGCCCUGGUCCUCUAUGCUGUGGGCACUGGUGUACAGAACACUGAGAGAAGGGCCAAGUGUCCAAUGGUUCACCUCUACAAGCACCUGUUUCCUGAGCUGCUUCACUUAUCCUGUGACGCUGACCAGGUUGCACAGAAUUUGUUCAGGCCCCUGACGUUGCAGCUGACGCACUGGUUUAGCAGCAAGUCGACUCGAGGGAGCCAAGAAAGUGUUGCCAUCAUCGAGUGCCUUUGGGACACAGUCACGCAGUCGCAGGAGACAACGGUGCGGGACUUUGCCGCUCAGUGCCUGAAGGAAUUUAUGGCCUGGAGCAUCAAGCAGUCAUCUCCAAAAGAGCUGGAGAAGAGCCCAACCAACGUGCAGUCGGUGCUGAGGCGUCUGUGCAGCUACUGCCGACAUCCCAGUGCGUCGAAGCGCCUGGGAGCAGCCCUGGUCUUCAACAACAUCUACGUCCUGCUCAGGGAGGAGGAAUCUCUUGUGGAUGUUUUCAUCUUGGAGACCCUGGCUUACUUUGUCGACAGCUUGAAACUUGCUCACGCUGACGAAAAAACUAUCGGCACAAGAGAACUUUGUUGCCGAGCGCUGGACAAGAUUCUGCGAAUUGUCAGUGCCAAAAGCAGUCUGCUGAGUAGCGCAAAGAGCAAACGACGGUGGCCAUUCGAUGUCGAAAAGAAGCCGGUCACGCUGUCCUUGGCCGUGGAGUGGCUGCUCUUUCAGACAAGCUGCCCACAGUCCGACUGCCGCCACAAGUGCAUGGAGUUGGUCUGGGCUCUCGUUCCAAGGCUUCCAGGAGCGCCAACCCACAGCAGCUAUGUGGCACAACUACUCAAAGCCAAUGGGGACUCAUUUUUUCUCGAAAGAUUUGAGGAGGGUCUGUCUGCAACAAGCGGCACUUGGACCAAUUUGACAGGCAUCCGCAAGUUCUGCGACCACUUACUUGGCCUGCUCGAGUGCUACACUUGGAUCUUGGAGCAGCGGCUGCUGGAACCCAGGCUGUUGUUUGAAGUUUCUGGCAAGCCCAGCUCCAUCUUUUCUCUGGUCACAAAGUUCCUGGAGCAGCUCGCCUUGUGUGAAAACUUGCAUGAGGCUCUGGGCAAUGAAGAGACUGCUUCCCUGCUGUGCACGCCAACAGGAACGUCUGCACUUAAUGUGGCAAGAUGUUCCCUGACCGUGCGGCUCUUCAACUUCCUGACUGUCUGGAUGAAGACCGCCCCAACUUCCAUGUCUUCUGUGCCUGAUGCAUUCUGGAAAACCGAAGCCUUCUGGAAGUGCUGUGUUGUCUGCGUUCUGCUGCCAUCCGAGGCUGGCUUUGACCUUGCCGACCUUGAAGUCGCAAACCAGCUUCCACAUGAGAUGCUGGGAUUCUUGAAGCAGGCAGCAACUGCCUUUCCAGACCUCCUGUCAUCCAGUUUCUCCCUGGCGCUUGGCGACUUUUUGGCAAAGCAUCCCGAGUGCACGCUUGAGAAAGUCCUGGAGCUGAAACUGAGCGAGCUCAGCCAUCCCUCCGAGACCCUGGACCUCUCGCAAGCUGACCUUGAACCCAUGGAUGAAGACACGGAGCCAUGGCAGAACGACAUGUUGAGGCUCAUGGGGCUCGUCUCCGGGUACCGGCUGUUGGCCGAGCUGAAGAUUGUGAAGGCGGGACCGGAAAAAGCAAUGGCCCCUGUUUGCGCUGUGGCAGAGUUUUUUGGAGAACGGGCAGUGUCGCCAACUCCCCUCUUCAAGGACCUAUGCCUGCGCCUCCUGGAGCUGGCCACUUCCCUAGGAGCCAGUGCAAGCAGCAUUCUUCAAAGCCUGGAACCCACGAGGGCUUGGAAUGUCAUGGGUGACCAGUUAUGUCAGCUCUUUGUUGAGAACGCAGAAACAUUUGUGCCAGCAGCUCUCAAGUUGACAAGUAGCGCUACUGGUCACCUGACUCAAGUCCUGAGCCACGUCCUACAAGACAAGCAGCUGGUCUCACUGUACGGUUCGACAUUGUCAUCCGAAGUGAUGAAGCACUGGCCCUCGCUUGCUUGCUUUUUCAAGGAAGACUCCCCUCAGACAGCCGUCAACUCUGCAGUCCUGGUUUUAGAAAAGCUUGUGCAUGUGAGUCCUGAGCAGAUAGCAAUACCAAAGAGCCCCCACUUUGAAACCCUGUUUACAAUUCUUCUCAAGCUGUUGGAACGACCAGGCGCUACCCUUGUUGACAAGGUCCUCGCACUGGGUUUGCUUCCAGCGUUUGCAACCGACACACGUCAAGAAACGUGCGACAGGCUCAGGGAUGCCCUGGAGAACAUGGUGCUGCAGCAUUUUCCUAUGGAGGUGUCCAAGUUGCUCCCCGGUGCGCCCGAGCUGCUGUCCUACACCCAGGCAAUGCGCAAGCUGUUGGCUGGCCUCGAGAGCACUGGGAGCACCGUGCUCCUCGAACUCCUGCUCCGCGUGCUUUACCGCGAGGACAAGAGUCACUUCCUCGAGCAUGAAGUGCUGCUUUCCCUGCGCCGCACCAUGCCAAGGUGCACCGAGGCAAAGCAACAGCAGCUCCUCACCACAGCCUACAAAUGUGCCGCCACUCUGCACGGCCUCCCGACGUCGGCGAGGCUCUCCAUCGCAUCCAAGCUCCUGCCUCAACUCCUGAGGCACAGCUCCAAGUCUUCGUUGCGACAAUUCUUCGUCGACAAUGUUACCGCCAUUGUGGACACUGUCGCAUCAAAGAUACGAUCGGGCUCCGAGUGGGAGUUGGCCAGCAAGGUCGUGGCACUGUCCUGCCUCGAAGUCCUGUACUCUUGUUCGCACAAGGACGAUGUCUCUGGAAAGCAGUCGGCUAUCAACAAUGCCUUCUGCCGCACCAGGGGAGUUGCCACCACGGUUGGCAACGAGCUCACCAAAGAAGUCACCAAGCACACGAACGUGCUCAAGAAGGAAAGGGGUGAGCUCGGCAGCAGCGAAGUGGAUGCGGGCCUGUGGCGCCACCUGCGGUGCGCAGCGUACAACGUGAUCGCUAGUGUGGUCUCGUGCACGCAGGUCGAAGCACAGUUUUACGAUGUCUUUCUCUUCCAAGAAAAGCCCGAAAAGGGCGAAUUCGUUUGGAACAAUAUCACCGAUGAGCAGAAGAGGUACACAUUCCCACUGGAACUGGAGGCUCCAUUCCAAAGAAGCCGUCAAGUUGUAGGUGUGACGGAAGAGGCGCAGGAAGAUGGCAGCAUACGUCGGUCCUCUGGGAGGCGCAGUCUUUCGUCGUCCCUUCAAGGAAGCAGCCUCGCCAGAGAAGCAAGCCAGUAUAGCCUCUCGGCAGGUGGACUGGCAUUCUGGGAUGUCGACGAGCAAAGCAAGUCCACAGAUUCCGGAGCUGAAAAAGCACCCGAAGAUGAUACUCGAAAGUUCCGCAAACUGAAAGUCGUUGACCUCGAGGAUGAUGAACUCAACCAGCACGAGUGCAUGGCAGCGGUCUGCUCUGUCAUAGACCACAUGGCCAGCAUCGGAAUCAUCUGCAAGACAGUUGAGGAAGCGAAAGCCAGUCCAGUGCCUAAGUGGUUGAGCACCAUCACGGGUGCUGUCACCGGGGCACACAUCACGCCUAACGCACUUCGCUUCCUGUGCCGCGUCAUUGUCAAUUGUGCUGAGGUUCUCAAGGUGUACGCACACCAUCUCUUGCCAGUUAUGCUUAACGUCAUGGCACAACAGAAACUUGGAUCCGAGCUGGACGCAUUCGUUAUCGACCUUGUUGUGACUGCACUGACUUGGACUGCUGAUAUCGAUGCCAAAGACCUUGAGGGCCUGGGGGUUGGCCAACAAGCACAGUCGGUGCUGGAAUUCCUGGUCACUCACUGUGGACACCAGAGGCGGGACAUUCUCCGCACCCAGCUGGAACUGGUGCAAGCGUGGGUCGGAACCUGGAAGAAGCACCUGCGUUUUCCCGCAGACACAAUUCUGCAGCUCUUGGAUGAGAUUUCACUGGACAGCAAGGACGUGAAAGGUGUACUCCUCUUUGGAAUAUUCGUCACAAAUGACCUGGUUGACCUUGAAAUCCAGGACUACACCCUGGGCAGAAUUCUGGAACGAUUGCCAAAACUGCUGGCUACCAAGUAUCGAUUGUCGUACACAUCCGUAGCAGAUGUUAUAGGGCUGACCUUCCGCAAGAUGAAUGAAGGCGUCGGCAUUGAUUCGACAUUUGGCAGCUCGGUUGAGUCUAACCUGAAUGCUAUUUUGAGGAUGUGCCAGCGUGACCAGCACGUGCUGUGCUUACACCACAUCUGUCGUUUCUAUGAGCCAUUUGCACAGAGGUUUACCGAAACAAUGAUGCUACAGCUGCCGCGAGCUCUGGCCAGCUUCAAGGUUGCCAUCUUGGAAGUCAUCUCCAUGGCCUGCACCCAGGUGGACCAACCUGUCCGGAAAUUGGAGGGGCUCGGUUUCAUAGACAUGCUCGCUCACGGCGAUGAAGCAUUGCAGAAGGUGUCGCUCGAGAUCUGCGCCAAGCUUCCGGCGGUCGCCACCCAAGACGACUGGCACAUUCUGCUUCCCAUUGUCUGCAAACUGCAAAGUCAUGCUAGCACCUCCUGCAGGAAGCUGGUGUACGACGUCUGCAUGCGCCUGUACACAAAGUACAGGUCCGAUAAGGAUGCUGCGAAUUUAAUGAAACAGGCAAGGCGCGUGCUGCUGCUGGGCCUAGGCGACGCAGAUUUGCCAUUAAGACUGUCAGUAGCAAACUUCUGGUGCCAGGAGACGCAGCUUCCUCGUGCCACUACAGAGCGCCUCGUCGCCUUACUCGGCGACAUGUACCUGCCCGAAAUGGAAGAGCAGUUCCUGUCGUCGGCCACAUUUCUGCUGCUGGAGCUGACGUCGCGCAGUCCCGACUACGAUCGAAAGGUCUUCCAGCAUCCCCUGUCAGAUUGCACUUUCGUGGACUACACAGUGACGGGGUCCUGGCGAAGGCGCCAUGCAGCAAUGACGCCCCUGUUUGCAGAGACCCUGUCGUUCAGUCAGACACAGUCGUCCACACAGUCCUCCACUGCGGAUGGCUCCACUUCGCAAAAGCUGAGGGCCACGCAGGCGACACUGCAGUUCACACCGACGCAGCAGGCAGCAGCUGCAGGGGAGACCAGCACGUACAGUUGGCUUACGCAAAGCACUCACGAGCCCAGCCUGCCUGUGCAGCAGAAGCAACAGCGUUCCGCAACAAUCUUGCAGCUCUCUCCUGGCAAAGCAGGCCCCAGUGCCCAACACAGGGGCACUGCCAGUGAGCGAGUUGACAGCCUGCGGCUGCUGAAGAGAAGGUUCUUGCGAGAUGACGAUCAGAUCCGGCUUCAGCACAUGCGCAGGGAAGUUCGCCUUAAGGAAACUCGCAAGAAACUUAAAGAAGAGCGGCAUGCUCGUCGUGAAGCGGAGGUGACGCUGUACCGAAGCUACCGCAUGGGUGACUUCCCAGACAUUCAGAUCUCUCAUGCGGCCUUGAUAGCCCCCAUGCAAGCUUUGGCCCAGCAAGACCAGCAAGUUGCACAGAUGUUGCUCUCUGGUGUCGUCACGUCCGUGUUGCAUGAAUCAAGGCGAGACGGGGCAUCACAUUCCCGGCAGCGUCAGGAACUGUGCCAGGGACUGCAGAGAGCGCUGGCCGGCAUCCUGGAAGGAAGCAUGCGUUGCUUCCCUCCACUUGUGGCUUUCGUGCAGGAAGUAGCAUUUCAGAGCGCAUCGGAUCUGAAGCUUCCUGUGGCUGCGAUUUCUAGAGCGUCUAUAGCCAGCGGCCACCAAAGCCUUGGAAUUCUUCUCUUGGAAGAAAUGAACCAUGCCAACAGCCUGUCAGCAUCAACCAAGGCACCACCAGCCAAACGAUCAAAGAAGGAGGAUCAUCCGGAACAGCAGAUGUGGAUACAGCUAGCUGAGUUGUACAAGUCCCUCGGAGACUUUGAUGCUGUGCGUGCCUCACUGGCUCUUUGCGAAGACGUCGGGCCAGAGGCAAGGAAGGCUCUGGAGAAGGAAGCACAGGGAGACUUCCAGCAGGCCAGGGACAUCUAUCGACAGCUUGCUGAAAGCAGACCUCCUGGGGCAGAUGGCUUCACUUGGGAUGACGCCAUACUCCAGUGCUGCUGCCUUCUAGGCGAGUGGGGAGAGCUGCAGAGUGAAAUCGAUGCCAGGCUCGAACAAAGCAGUGCCUCAAAAUGGGACAGCCUCUGGGAUGGAGGAUAUCGUCAGGAGCAUUACUUGCCACUGUAUGUAAAAGCCCGUGUCAAGAGCAUUCUCGGUGAAUAUGAUGAUCAACGAGACUUCCCGCGCGUUAUCCGAGAGUGGAUGGAAGAUUCCAGCAAGAAUCGCUUCCUGGAGGCAAAAUGUUGCCAGGAACUUGCUCUUUUAAGCCUGUCACAAAAGGACACUGGUCGUGCCGACUACUACGUCAAGUGCCUCACAGAACAAUUCCUAGAGGAUUGGAGCAGCCUGAGUGUUUUGACGCCAACUCUGAUCGAAGGCAAGCUCGAGUGCCUACUCCCGCUGACAGACCUCGCACUCUAUCUGAAGCACAGCAAACGUCACGAUGCAGACAACCUGCUGUCAAGCUGGCGGUCACGGCUUCCCAGCAAUGCAGACUCCGUCCUCCUCUGGAACGAGAUUAUCACCAACAGGUGCUUCCUCAUAAAAUCACUCGGGCAACCUGUCCCCAAGGAGAAGGCGCUGCUCCUGAAUGCCUUCGCCAAUGCCAUGUUACAGCAGGAGAAUGUGCCAACUGCACUCAGGUCCGUCGUCGAAAUCGAACAGAUGAGGCUUUCUGGGCAGCUUGGUGACUGGGCAGACUGGCGUUACGUGGAAACGUACUGCAAGAUGCUCAGGAAGGCCUCGGAAAAUGAGCCCCUGCCCAAGCAGGUUGCUGCUUACAUGCGGAUGCUUGAAAAAGUCGAUGCAGCUGCUGGAGGUAUGGUGGUCGACAUUGUGCACAGUGUGAAAUACAAGAUGCUGAGGGGACAGCUGAUGUCUGGACUGUCAUUAGUCCUGAGGGCUGGUGGACAGAUGACUGAGGACCAGAAAGCAGCGCUGAAACUCUCCAACGAUAACCAGGCCAUUACGGCGCAGUCAGUCUGUGAUGAGGCGCUCCAUCAGCACCUUGCCGCCACUGCCGUGGAAGAGGCAUCGCCGGAGCUGAAAGCUGACGCUCACCUGACCCUGGCAGUUUUCUGCAGCGGCAUCUUGCAGGCAGAAGAAAGCGGCGAGCCAAGUCUGAGACGGCGCGACGAGUGCCCGCAAAUCCUGGUGGAUGCUGUACUGACCGCCAUGCGACUGGGUCACGGCCAAGCACCCGACAUGUUUCCCCAACUCCUGCAGUUACUACAGCAUCAUCCGUCCUGCGGGGAGGCCUUCAUUGCGCAGUGCUCCAAGGUGCCUUGCUGGAUGUUUCUGCGUUGGAUCAACCAGAUUCUUGCCCUUCUUGACAAGCAAGUGGGACCAUUCCUCUUUGACAUCGUCGACAGCGUGGCCCAUCACUACCCUAAUGCCUUAAUCUACCCUUUCCGGGUAAGCUCCAGUGCUUACACAUUUGAGUGCCCAAAGACAAGGAAAGCCUGUCAGAACUUUGUAGGCCGCCUGCAACAGGCCAUGGACAAGGUUCCACUUGUCAAUGAGUUCAUCAAAGCUCUGGAGCUGUUGCAGUUCCCAGAUAUUGCAUUCAAGGACUGGUACGAGUCUGUGAAGGACGCCCUGAACGAAAAGCAAGGCCCAGCAUCAAUCAAGGAGCUGUUCAAGAAAAUCGUCUCGCAGCUUCUGGUGUGCAGCCGCGAUUCUUCAAGUCGUUCCUCGUGGAGUCGUGUCUAUCAGCGUUUUUCUGAGAAAAUGAGAGAAAAGGUGAUAGACACUUUUGGUGCCCAAGGUGAAAAGCUUGCUGCUAUGACACCGAAGAAAUUUCAAGAGCAGUACAACAAGAUCAUGAGUGGCUACAAGGCUGGUGAACCUCCAAAAGCACUCAAGGACAUCUCCCCUUGGCUCAGCCAUUUCAGCUCUCUGAACCAGGAGCACAGUUUGGAAAUCCCAGGCCAGUACACGGGCAAGGGGAGGCCAAUGCCAGAGUACCAUGUCAAGGUCUUUGGAUUUGACGAAAGUAUCAGAGUGCUGCAGUCCAAGCAGCGGCCCUGCCGCAUCACCAUUCGCGGGGACGACGAGAAGGAGUACCGGUUCCUAGUGAAGACCGGCGAGGACCUGCGCCAGGAUGACCGCAUCGAACAGAUCUUCAAGGUCAUGAACGAUCUGCUCCAGAAGGACCCUGUGUGCCGUAGCAAGCACCUGCAGCUUGUGACUUACAGCGUGGUUCCACUGACGCACAGGGUCGGACUAAUCCAGUGGCUGGAUGACACGAUGGUGCUGGAAGAGUUCCUCAGGCAAGGCCUGACAACUGAAGAACUGGAAGACAUAAACCGAGUUCCAAGCAGCUACAAGCUCCAUAGUGUUGACGAUUACAUGAAGGCUUACGAGACUCAGUCAUGUCAGAAGGCAGCCCUGUCCCGCUACCACGGCUGCCUGCGACCAGCCAGCAAGCAGGCUCUACGGAAAGCCCUGCUCGGCCUCAGUUCUUGCCCGGAAGCCUUCUUCGCUCUGCGCUCCCGUUUCAUCUGUUCCCAUGCAACAAUCAGCAUUGCUCAGUGGGUGCUGGGCAUCGGUGAUCGCCACCUUGGCAACUUUCUGGUUGGAACCAAAACGGGGCUUGAGAUUGGCAUCGACUUUGGCUAUGCCUUCGGUGUUGCCACACAGUUUUUGCCUGUGCCAGAGCUGAUGCCGUUCCGGCUGACUGCCAUGUACACAGCCCUGGUUGAACCCUUUGACAAAGCGGGAACCAUGGCCUGUGCAAUGCACUACACCCUGCAGGCCUUGCGCAGCGGCUCCCGGUCACUGCUUGACAUGAUGGAUGUGUUCGUGCAAGAGCCAACCAUUGACUGGCUGAGGUUUGCAAAGAGGCAGAGUCAGCUGAACAAAGAACAGAAAGGGGAGAAGAGUGGCAAGUCUGCCGCUUCACUCGACUGGUAUCCACGACAGAAGGUGGACAUUGUUCGCCAAAAGCUCGAAGGGCGCCAUCCGAGCUACAUCCUGCGCGAUGAAUUAAAACUCGGCAAGGGUAAAAACUCAAACUUCGGGAACAUGGAACGCAUCUGCCUCGGUGCCGACGGCCCCCAUGGGGUGAUCAGGCGCCAGUUUUCUGGCACGGACAAGCUCACGUCUCAGCAGCAGGUGGAAUGUCUCAUAGAACAAGCAACUGACCCAGCAAUCCUAGGACUGACCUGGAAGGGCUGGCAGCCAUGGCGAUAAAGCUUUUUAUUUGUUAACUUGAUUGUGUUAUAUAACACUUUAAUUGUGUGCAUAUGUCAUCACAUUAUGUCAUAGUUCUCAUUGCAUCAAUACACUCAUGUACAAAUUGAGUUGACACAUUCCAUCAGCGGUUAGUGCCUGUGCGGCCUUUAUUGUUUGCGUUUGCUAAUAAAAAUUAAGAUGUGAAGAUG